AUGGAUCCAGAUAAACAAGAUGCUCUUAAUAGUAUUGAGAAUUCCAUUUACAGAACAGCCUUCAAAUUACGAUCAGUGCAAACUCUGUGCCAGUUGGACUUGAUUGACAGCUCCCUGAUUCAGCAGGUCCUACUGCGUCCAAGUUUCUGGGAAGCUCGCAAGCGCUCCCUUUCUGUGCAGCAGCUUUCUCAGGCACUCCAAGAGCUGUUUCAGAAGGCCAGGGAGGAAAACCCAGGGCAGGUGCAUCCCAGAGCUCCCGAACUCACUCUGAGCCUUCUCACGACAAUGUGCAACAGCACAGGAACAGGUUUUCUCCAGCUUAUGCCUGCGGCCGCUGCCCUAAUAACCCUCUCAGGAGACAGCCCUCUUACAAAAUACCGAGCUCUUUUUCAGCUCUACGCGGAAAAUAGCAGGGGAGGUUAUGAUUCUGGGCCACGCAUGACGCGAAGGGUUUUGAGAAAACUACUAACAGAUCUACAGCAGAUCCCAACUGUCGUGGGAGAGAGUCGUGCUCUGUGCCCUGUGGAAAGUGCCACCCGCAGCUGUUUCCAAGGGGUGUUGAGCCCAGCAAUCAAAGAAGAGAAAUUCCUGUCUUGGGUCCAAUCUGAGCCUCCCAUCCUCCUGUGGCUCCCGACCUGCCACCGGUUAUCAGCUGCUGAAAGAGUCACUCACCCUGCUCGGUGUACCAUCUGCAGGACUUUCCCAAUCGCGGGACUCAGAUACCGCUGUCUGAAGUGUCUCAACUUCGACAUCUGCCAGAUGUGUUUCUUAUCUGGUCUUCACAGCAAGUCCCAUCAGAAGUCUCAUCCUGUCAUUGAGCACUGUGUUCAGAUGUCAGCGAUGCAGAAUACAAAACUUCUCUUCAGGACCCUCAGAAACAACCUUCUUCAGGGGCGCUGUAGGAAGAAAGAAGCGGCGAGAAGGCAGCGGCUGCUGGACCAGGUGAAUCCAAAGGGUGUGCCUCACCAUGCACAGGCCAGGCUCCUUAAAAAACAGUUAAACCAAUACAAAGACAAGUUGCAAGCUAUAUACACCUCCCAGGAAGAAAGAAGUUGCCGAUUUGAAACAAAGAUUUACAAACUCAAAACCAACCAGGAUAGUCUAUGGAGCAAGCUCCAGCAGAUAAGACGGGACCUACAGGUAAGGUUGCAGCCACCCCGUCCUUCAUCUUCUUCCUUUCAAAGUGUGGGGACCAAGGUUGGCCAUUCUUCAACUGAAAAGGUUCCAAAGGGAGGGGAUUAUUUGCAGAUCAAGAAUGCCACUGAAGAUGCUUCAAGAUGGGAACCUCUUCCUAACCCUGAUGAGGUUGACAGAAGUCACAGAAGUCACACAAAUGCAGAGCAUGUUCUGCGAAAUUCAGAAUCACCAGAGACCACUUUGCACAGCACCAGGGCACAAAGCCAAACGCAAAAGAUGCUAAGGAAAGUCAUUAGCGCCCUACCCAGUUGUCAGGAGGGACUGAAGCAGGACACCCCCAAAAUGAUUCCUGCUGAAAAGAGCAGUCCUGCUCUGGCAACCAUGGAAAAGAAAGCGGCAGGUAACAUCAAGGAGAGAAAGGAUGAGCUGGAGGAAGAGGAACUGCAAGAACUAUUGUCAAAACUUAUGGAUGCCUUCAAUCUAGAAAUGCCAUCAGGCCCAGAGUCUUCAGUAAACAUGGACCUGUACAGUGGAGCUCAGCAAGUGUGCAGGGCCUUCUCUGCCCUUGUUGAUCAAAUCACCUUGCCCAAUUUGAAGUGAAAUGGAGUCCAGGCUCAAAG